AUGUCAUUCUUGAUUGCCAGCGUAUGUUCCAAGAAGAUUAUUCCGCCAUAUGCUAUUCUUUCACACAGAUGGGGAGAUUCUGAGAUUGAGUUCUGUGCCAAACAGGCGGCUCAGGAUCAGCUACAGUACUUCUGGAUCGACACAUGUUGCAUUGAUAAAUGGAACCUUGAUGAGCUCUCGAAAUCGAUCAACUAUAUGUUUUGUUGGUAUAAAAAUGUAAUAAAAUGUUACGUAUUUCUACCGGACGUUUCAGUAUCCACUUCGACAGAGACACCCCAACAAAGUGUCUGGGAGGCAUCCUUUCGGGCAAGCGAAUGGUUCGCUCGAGGCUGGACACUUCAGGAACUAGUUGCUCCUGUAUCAGUUGAGUUCUUUUCUUCUGAAGGACGACAAAUAGGCGAUAAACGAUCCCUUGAGCAACUGAUACAUGAGAUUACUACCAUUCCAGUUAAGGCGUUACAGAAUUGUCCCUUAGACACAUUUACUAUAAUUGAUCGAAUGGAAUGGGCCAAAAAUCGCCAGACAACAGAAGAAGAAGACAAUGUAUACUGCCUUCUUGGUAUUCUCGGCAUCUCUAUGCCUACCUCCUAUGGCGAGGGAAAGCAGAAAGCACGGAAAAGACUCCAAAUUGAAGUGGAAACACCUAUCUACUGCCUGCGUAGCCACGCAGAGGAGGCAUCUACUGCGACUGGUAGCCGUCGCACGCCCUAG